GCGAGAUAGUACCAUCUACGGGACCUGCAGGAUUGGACUGCAGCCACACCCACUCCCCAGCAUCAUGAUACCCUUUUUUUCUAUACUUUUUUGCAUGAAGUUACCAAUUUGUCAUGUCACCGGAGUCAGGCGAUACAUUAGGCUGUCUGGUUUAGCUUUACAUGGGGGGCUGCCUAAUGAAUUUGUUCAUCUUUACCUAUAAGGAUUCGAAUCAAGUAAUAGAACUCGGCCGAACGCCGGCCCGGCAGCCCCCGCACAAGAGGAUAUCGAAAGAGUGUCAUGGAGAGGAGUAACGACUAGGAGCGAAUCUUUGCAGCUGCCCAUGAUAUUGUUUCUUUGAUUGAGCGUGGGAACCCGGACUGUGAAGUAUUUAGAAUACCGAACUGCCUGCCCUGUACUUCCCCCCCUCUACCUCCCUCGCGAUGCCGGACUUACCGUCCCACGCCUCCCCAUACUUUUCGCCGCAGUCCCCUCCUGACGGCGAGGUUGAGGGGGAGAUCUCGCUCAAUUCGACCGCCGCACCGAGAUCGAAUCCAGCCGAAAGCUCGGAGGAAACACACUAUGAAUCGGGUCAGGAGAGCAGCACAGAAAAUGAGAGAGGAACAGCGACCCCCGCGUUGCCAGGCUCUUUCCUCUCCCCCGCCUUCACCCCUCCAAGCACACCAGGGGGCACCAUGAACCCGGCAAGUGUCCUGCACCAGACGCAAUUGUCUGGCCUGCGACACAGGGUUGCGACGACAACAAAGGCGCCCAAACUCCUGGACCAGCUGCCGAGUGUGGAAUGCAUUGUUCGCGCACGGAUUCCCACCACGUCCGGCACGGAGAUGUUCCUCCAUCUCUACCACAACGAUAUCGACAACAAGGAACACCUGGCUAUUGUGUUUGGGAAUACCAUUCGUAGCCGAAGUCUAGAUCGCGUGAAACCGGGGGAGACAGAGCUGGAUCGCAUGAUUCGCGGGGCAUACGUGGGAAAACUCCACCCGGGGAGGAUUAGCAGUUGGUAUGACGAGAAGGCCGAAGCUGCUGCUGCUGCUGCUGCUGCUAGUAGCCAGACAACGGGAGAGAAAGGAACAACGGCAUCUGCGCAUCCGACGCAAUUCGCACAGGCGCCGCUGGUGAGAAUCCACUCCGAGUGCUAUACCGGUGAGACGGCCUGGUCUGCGCGAUGUGAUUGUGGCGAGCAGCUCGACGAGGCUGCAAGACUGAUGUCUCUACCGGAGGAGGCUUUACCAGAAAACCUUGCCCACGCAGAUGCAGAGACCCUGGCUGCGAAUUCCCCAGGCGGGGUCAUCGUAUACCUCCGGCAGGAAGGACGAGGGAUUGGUCUUGGUGAGAAGCUGAAGGCCUACAACCUGCAAGAUCUGGGCUCCGACACCGUUGAGGCGAACCUGCUCCUGCGACAUCCGGCAGAUGCUCGCAGUUACGGCCUGGCUACGGCCAUCUUGGUGGAUUUGGGACUGGGGGUCGAUGCCAAUCCCGAGGGCAUCCGGCUGCUCACAAAUAACCCGGACAAGAUCCGGGCCGUUGAGGGCGCCAACCGGGAGGUCGUUGUCAAGGACCGAGUGUCGAUGGUUCCUCUAGCCUGGCGAACUGGAGGCAAGAAGGGAAUCAACAGCACCGAAGUCGAAGGUUAUCUCAGGACAAAGAUUGCCAAAAUGGGCCACAUGAUUAAAUAACCCAGAGCAGCGAGCUGUCCUCUCUUUAUGUCUUAUCAUUGAUUGGUUUGGUACAUACUAAUAGUACUUUUCAUACUCGAGGUGGUGUGUUUUUGCUCGAAAAAACACCAGCAGGACUUCCACCAUUUGUAGAUACUGCCAUUUACUCGACACAUUGUGAUUUUGUUUUCUCUGCAUCUGGACGGAUAUUUUCUCCUUCUAUCAUGAAUUUCUUCAGUUGGCUGUACUCAUAUCUACACAAUACCUGAUCGAGACGAAAGCAUGAUUUCUUUAGAUACCUGAGAGAUCUCCCAUCCCUAGAAACCCAGUUUUUUCCUCUCCUC